AUCCACUAAACGAAAGAUACAAUUUGUCUUUAAAGACUUUUCUGGACAAAAUACCAAAGCCAUGUAAUUUCCUGAGUAAAGUUUAGUUGGGGUGGAACAAAUCAGAAGCAAAACCGUUCACUUGUGCUUUGUGCUAGUGCGACUCAUAUACUAUUAUAGCUGUGAAAUAUCAAGUAGUAGUGUAGACAAGGAUUUAUCAAGAAUGGGGUGCAUGACGGUGUUCAGAACGGUAUUCUUAAAGGAACCAUGGUUACCCUUUCCAAGGAAUCUGACCUCUUUUCCCGUGAAAUUGUUUUCUAACCACAAAUCUUUUACACCCGUUUUGCUUUGUGGCUGUAAAGUCCCAAGUUAUAGCAGCAUUCCACGAAAAACUCAGCUUCUGAAUUGCUCCAAUAACGGAAGCCCAUCUUCCUCUGAAGAUGAUGAUCUUGAACAAGGUCCUCCUCAAGAAGUUGUCCUUAAGGCUAUUUCAGAAGUGUCCAAGACAGAAGGGAGAGUUGGACAAACUACCAAUGUUGUUAUUGGGGGCACUGUGCAUGAUGAUUCAACUAAUGAGUGGUUAGCUCUGGACAAAAAGGUGAAUUCUUACCCUACCGAAAGAGGCUUUACAGCUAUUGGUACUGGAGGUGAUGAUUUUGUGCAUUCUAUGGUUGUUGCUGUAGAGUCAGUGAUACAACAGUCUGUUCCCAAGGGCCAGGUGAGGCAGAAGCUAUCUUCCGGGGGAAAAUAUGUAUCAGUAAAUAUCGGGCCCAUUCAAGUUGUUUCUAGUGAGCAGGUUCAAGCUGUAUAUGAGGCCAUGAAAAGAGAUGUUAGGAUGAAAUACUUUCUGUAAACUACUUUCUUCACUACCUUUGUAUAUAAUGGCAAUACCUAAGAAAGUAUGUCGUUUUGUACUUUAGUUUAACCUUGUUUUUCUUUUAUAUAUAUAUAUAUAUAUAUAUAUAUAUAUAUAUUCAUUGAACCCAACAUUCUUACUGGAUUUUUGGGAACAAGUGUGGAGGUAAUUUGUAAUGUAAGAGUCCUUUUAUGUGCUGACACCAGACAUAUGCCUCGCCAGGCUUGAAUCCCUGAGAGGCACUUAGGCCUUGGACGUGCACCUUGCAUUGAGACGGCGCGGGGUAGAUGUGACUUUUAAACCACUGGAAAUUCAACCUUAGUAAUACCAACCUGUGCUAUAUGUCUUCGUAGAUAUACUGUUUGAUUAUUAUAUGCGAAAUAUAUAUUCAUUGAACCCAACAUUCUUACUGGAUUUUUGGGAACAA